AUGGAAGCCUCACCAAUAACAGUGGCUGUUGUUCACACUCCAUACUGGAAUCUAUCAGAUGUCGCUUUCCUCAGAGAAGGACCGCACAACGUGUUGAUGCCUGCACUCCUUUACCUCCGAGCCACAGACAUCGAAACGGCAUAUUCAACGCCUCGUCCGUCGCAACACUCCCACGAACGCAAGAGAAAACGACCUCGCCGAAAUGAUGGCGAGUCAUCAGUUCGGUUGAUUCAUCAGUUCUCGCCAAAGUCAGACGAAGAGCAUUCUAAGUCAUCUCCGUGCUCAGUCGACUCCAGUGACUCGACCGGCGACCAUGAUAGAGAUCCUGCGAACAUUCUUCAUAAGUUGAAUGCGACGGAGCAUGAACGCUUACUACUACAUGAACUCGAAGAUGAGAUACGUCAAGACGGAUAUUACAGCUUGGCUCAGUCAACACCAAGCUUUGCACCAGUAUCCAAGAGAAUCAGACAUGAGCUCGAUGCCUUGAGGGCGAGGGAACAGAAGUCGCCAGAAGAGGAAAAGGACGAAUAUGAGCGGUGGGUGAUGGGCUCAUGGGAUAAUUUGUUCUCAAGAGCAUCUGUCUAUCCAGAGUAA